AUCGCAUACACCGUUCCUGCCUCCUGCCUGAACUCUAUUUACACAAUACGUUCCCAACCCUCCAAGCCGGAGCUUCCACAGCCUGCAGUCUUAGCACUGGUCAAACCGUGUGUCUGCCCAGCUGGAGUAGAGUUGCGUCACAUUGCUGCAAGGGCAUAACGGCCAGCGAUCCGCGAUCUGGCGCUUGUAUUAUAGAUAUGCAACCUAGUGUGCAGGCUGCAACCCCAUCAUGUCGCCUCGUCCAAAAAUAUCUCACGGCAAGUUCGGGCCUACUCUUGAUCGUGUUUACGCCUUCUAUUGACACAUUCUAGAUCGUGAGGGCUCCCUCUUGGAAUGGGGAAUGCACGGGGAACGGGUUAACGAGGGAGGCUCUGCAGUAACGAUUAAUUUCCUAUGGAUCUGCGUGACCCGGCUGGUCUUGACUUCGCCGACGGCUUUUGAUGUUGUUUGCGUUUGCGGCCCUCUUCUCGUUUUCUCCUCUUCCGGGUGCGACAUUGGGUCUCGUCAGCAAGCUAGCGGGCAGUUUCGCAUGGAUUAUGACAUGUGUACUGCGUAUUCCUGUAACAUGGUCUGGCAAUUGUAGGAUCACGGCGAGAUGUCGGACUCGAUAUGAUGGCCCCGCAUCAUGCCCAUUGACAUUGACAGGACGGCGGCGCAGGCUCGCGCUUAGCACCUGGGAAGAAGGCGUUGGGGGACGUAGGGACCAGGGACCAGGGACCGGGGUGAGCAUCGGUCAUGUGUGUGGCUGGAUUGACCUGACGGAAGCAAUUACCGCUGAUGAGACCUCGGAUGGUUGCUUGGUGGUAUCUGCCAAGAACCGCCGCCGCAGGAGCUUCCGCCGGUCACUGCCCUCUUUGGAAUUAGGGCAUGCGGCUCGAUAUUGGAUAAACUCGGUACCGCCACGCAGGCGCUACCGCUGUGCUGUGUGCAUGACGGAUGCAAUCUCAGCAAAUUGCUCCGUACGUGUUUUCCUGGUUUCGCUGGCCCACCAUCCCGGUUUCUCUCUUCAUCUGAUAGUAAAGCUUAUUGUUGGGACGGGAGUGAGGCUCAAUUGGUGUGUGGAGCCGCUUGACCUUUAUCUUUGCACGAAAUGACGAUGAGCCUCUGGGAUUGGGCUCCUUCGCAUUCAGCCACCUGGGGAAGCGAUUGCGGGGGUUGUCAUGUUAAGCCGAGUCCCCCUGUCAACGCCGGCUGUUGGGAAAUUGGGGGGGAGGGAAGGAUAGCCCUAGCAGAAACUGGGGGAAUGCGGGUGGCGGCGAUUGGACCGGCAUACCACAGAGCAUCAGGCUUCGAGAUCAACGGCAGUUCGGAACGCGGGCGCGAGGGGACGGGAGGCGUGGAAGAGGUGGGCCUGGGCCUUCAUGAGGGGAUGGAUGAGAAUGGGAUGAAUUCGAAUUCGUCUGUUCACGACAGCCGGGCAGGCAAACAAACAGGUACCUGGGUACCUACUAUGUGAAUG